CUGGAAACUCAAUCAAGUGUUCUGUUCGAGCUGUCCUGAAACAGAAGCAAGAUAUAACAACGGCCAAUCGUCUUCUUUGGACUCUACGCCUCCUCAACGCGACAGUGAAACUGCAGGGUGAUCUGGCGCUGCAGGCGCACUUCAGCUGAACCUCACAAACAAGACCAUGUUCCACCAGGAAAGCCAUUCAUCCCGAUGGUUUCUUUCUAAACGCCCACAUACGCCUCGCCCAUUCACUGGUUGGCGCUCCACCCGAGAGCGUACCAACACGAGACAAUGACGUUCAAAGAAUACAUGACAUCAACCCUCCAGGAUGCGGGGUUCCAACACCUAACAUGCCAUAUCGCGGAUACGAGACAACUGAUUGAUGUCAAUCGGUGAAUGUCGACGUGCUUGCUUCCGACUAAGGCAACUACAAUUGCGUCCAACACUCGGAGGUUUGCCUCUAGUCAAACGCUCAACACGCGAACAGCUCCCACCCACCCGAACAACCACCACCAUGACGACCAACCCACAACACCACCCCUCCUCCCCACCCCCCAAAUACGCCCACACGCGCCGCGAAUCCUUCCACCCGGUCCACGAACUCCUCUACUGGCCCGACUUCCCCGGGCGCGGCGAAUUCAUCCGCCUCGCCUUCGAAGCCAAAGGCAUCCCCUACACGGACGUGACCAACACCGAAGUAGGCGGCUACGACAAGCUGCUGGCGCACAUUGACCCCAAGGCGACGCACGCGCCCGUCCCGAGCGGUCCCUCGGACCCCAUCGCCUUUGCCCCGCCCAUCGUGCGCGUCCCCACCGAGAACCUGACCAUCAGCCAGACGCCCGCCAUCCUCGCCUACCUGGGCGCCCACCACCACUUCGCCGGCGACGGCUCCGAGGCCCAGAAGUACCACGUCCACAGCCUCGCCCUCACCGCCCUCGACCUCAAUGAUGAGGCCCACGAUUCCCACCACCCCAUCUCCGUCAACUUCUACUACGAGGAGCAGAAGCAGGAGGCCCUGAGGAGGAGCAAGGAUUUCAGGGAGAAGCGUAUCCCGAAGUUCUUCUCCUUCUUCGAUCGUGUCUUGCAGGGCAACUUUGACAAGGGCAAGGGAAAGUACCUCGUGGGUAACAAGCUGUCGUACGCGGACACGACGCUGUGGCAGGUGCUGGAUGGCCUCAAGUAUGCGUUUCCCAAGGAGAUGGCGGCGAGGGAGAAGGAGUUUGAACUGCUCUUUGGCACCUUCUACAACAGCGUCAAGGAGGAGAAGGGUGUCAAGUUGUAUCUGGAGAGCGAGAGGCGACUGCCAUAUGGCAAUGGUGUUUAUAGACACUAUCCGGAGCUGGAUAGGCAAGAGUAGCUGCAGUUGGGCCAUUGCAUUUGCAGCGGCUGUUUGCGAAGACGAAUCAGUGGGACCGGGGAAUAGGAGGGGAGAGGGGAGCUCUUUAAACAUCACAAAAAUGAAAUGGAAAAAAAUCAAUUGGUAUCACCGAGCCUCCAACGGGCCCAAACGUCAUUUUUAAGCCUGUCAGUUACAUGAUAACCCCGACAUGAUGCAUGCAUGCAUGACCCGAAGCCGAUUUGAACUCCCGAAACCACGUAAUAUGAGCAGCCAGCCGUCUAGUAGUCGGAAGCAGAGCUCUGGGGGAACUCAAAGUGGACGCCCUUGCCGGUAAGGCGCUUGUAGACCUCCGAGUAGGUAUCGAGCCUGUAGUCAACACCGCCGCGCUCCUUCUCGUCGAGGAUGACCUUGAGGACCUUGCUGCCGUCCUCGCGAGUCCUUAGGCGCUUGCCAACAAUCUCAACGGGGUAGACGAGGUCGGU